AUGCCAAGCUCUCUCCCUCAGGAGCUGAUGCCAAGCAAGGGGUACCACUCAUCACGCAUAGAAACCACAGUCAGGGCUCUUCUCUGCAAGAAGAGAGAUUUACUGAAAGUCUACUGGGCUAGAAAGAAGGCUCAGUGGGUAAAGCGUGUGACAUACAAACCUGACAGCCUGAGUUAUGGGGAUAAAACUCUUGGGCUCAUUGCUCAGGCACAUUUACAUAGAAUUCUAGCAGGCAGUUCUCUCCAGAGCAGGCCUGGUUACCUGCCACAUGGAUCUGGCCAGAGUUCUGAAGCUGGUACAGGGGCCUUCCUCUGCCCCUUCACAGAUGUAGUCAACAAUCUUAAAUUGCGAAAUCCAUCGGAUAGAAAAGUGUGUUUCAAGUGAAGGACUACAGCACCUCGCCGGUACUGUGUGCGGCCCAACAGUGGAAUUAUUGACCCAGGGUCAAUUGUGACUGUUUCAGUAAUGCUACAGCCCUUUGAUUAUGAUCCAAAUGAAAAGAGUAAACAUAAGUUCAUGGUACAGACAAUUUUUGCUCCACCAAAUAUUUCAGAUAUGGAAGCUGUGUGGAAAGAGGCAAAACCUGAUGAAUUAAUGGAUUCUAAAUUGAGAUGUGUAUUUGAAAUGCCGAAUGAAAAUGAUAAACUGGGUAAAACUCCGCCAGGGAUUGCUUCAACUGUCACUUCAGUGUGCAGCAUCAGCAGUACAGUUUCUACACCUGCCAGUUAUCACAUGAAGAAUGAUCCCAGGGAACUAAAAGAGAAUGAUAUGGAACCUAGCAAAGCUGUUCCACUGAAUGCAUCCAAACAAGAUGGACCCCUGCCAAAACCACAUAGUGUUUCACUCAAUGACACGGAAACAAGGAAACUGAUGGAAGAGUGUAAGAGGCUUCAGGGAGAGAUGAUGAAGCUGUCAGAAGAAAACCGACACCUGAGAGAUGAAGGUUUACGGCUUAGAAAGGUAGCACAUUCGGAUAAACCGGGAUCCACCUCAGCUGCAUCCUUCAGAGAUAACGUCACCAGUCCUCUUCCUUCUCUUCUGGUUGUAAUUGCAGCCAUUUUCAUUGGAUUCUUUCUAGGGAAAUUCAUCUUGUAGAGUGAAGCAUGCAGAGUGCUAUUUCUUUUUUUUCUCUCGACCAGAAAAAGAUUUGUUUACCUACCAUUUCAUUGGUAGUAUGGCCCGCGGUGACCAUUUUUUGUGUGUACAGCGUCAUAUAGGCUUUGCCUUUAAUGAUCUCUUACGGUUAGAAAACACAAUAAAAACAAACUGUUCGGCUACUGGACAAAUUGUAUAUUAUCAGAUCAUCACUAGCAGAUGUCAGUUGCACAUUCAGUUCUUUAUGAAAUUCAUAAAUAAAGAAUUGUUCUUUCUUUGUGGUUUUAAUAAGAGUUCAAGAAUUGUUCAGUCUUGUAAAUGUUAUUUUAAUAAUCCCUUUAAAUUUUAUCUGUUGCUGUUACCUCUUGAAAUAUGAUUUAUUUAGAUUGCUAAUCUCACUCAUUCAGGAAAUGCCAAGAGGUUUUCUGUGGGGAAAUGGUGCCUCUUACUGUGUAAAUUUUCUCCUUUACCUUUGCUAAUAUCAUGGCAGAAUUUUUCUUACCCCUUGUGAGGCAGUUUGUUGACUGAGUUUUUCAUCCUUACAAUCCUGUCCCAUGGUAUUUAACAUAAAAAAAAUAAAACUGUUAACAGAUUCUUGCUCGGA